AUGUCCUGGCUCGGUCUCGCUCCCUUCAAGAAGUUCCCGGCUCCUUUCCUGAAGCCUCACUGGCCCUUCUUCGCCGCCGGUCUCGUCAUCGCCUACGGUGUCAACUCUGCCCAGAACGCCAUGAUGGCCUCCGACGAGUUCAAGAACGACCCCCGCAACCCCAACGCCAAGGCCAACCACUAA